GUAGGUGAAGGCCCCAGCUGCUCCUGUUUGACCACCAAAGAGCUUCAGCAGAAUCUGAGGGAUGUGAAGCAGGGACAAAAGACCAUCAAACUGUUGUUUGAAAUCCCUUCAUCACGCAUUAUUGGACAUGUUCUGUCCAAAUAUGUGGUGUACCAGAUCAUAGUCAUUCGCACUGGGAGCUACGACCCCAAGCAUGGAUUUGUGGAGCGUCGCUACAGUGACUUUGUCCACCUCCACCAGCAGCUUGUUGAGGAGUUCAGUGAGGAACUUGAGGACAUCACAGUACCACGCAAACUUCUCACCGGGAAUUUCAACACAGACAGCAUCUCAGACCGCCGUUUGGCUCUCCAGGACUACCUUGCCAAACUCUAUGCAGUGCGCUGUGUCCGAUACUCACAUCGUUUCCAGGCAUUUUUCACUGAGCAGGAGCAGAUGCAUGCACACGGCCUGCUGCGGGCAGGCCAGUUCAGAGCAUCCCAGGUGCAGCUGCAGACUGUUCUAGACAUCCAGGAGAAGCUGGCGCCAUGGCAGAGCCCCGCCCUGCUCGUUCCAACGCUGUGUGCCCUUGCUGUGUGCCACUAUGACCUGGAGGAACCAGGAGAAGCUUUCACUAUCGCCCGAAGGGCACUGCUGCCAGUGAGGCGCUAUGGGCUCAAGGAGUACAGGGCGCCACUGCUGGAUCUCUUGGUGAACUUGGGCUACCAGCUGGGACAUCCCGUGGCUCAGUUACAGGAAGAACUGACAUUGUUUCGAGAUGCAGAGAGGGGGCUGGUGACUGUUUGCUCUCUGAAGGAGUUGGUGGUGCAAAAGUUCACCUAGGAGCAGGGAUGUAGUGGUGGCUAAACGCGUAAAUGGCGUUUAUGCACCUCCUGCAUUUCAGAAAUAGCAUUUACUCACCUCUUAAUAGCAUAUACGGACCUCUCUCACUCUCAAUAGAGUUUACACAACUUUAAAAUUUGCUAGAGUUAGCGUUUCCUAUUGUUUUACCAGGACAAGAAUCAGAAUUAACCUUAUUGACCAUCCCAGUGUGCAUGCACACAAGGAAUGGAGAUACACAGCAGCUUCUACCACUUGCAGACAUCACUCACACAGAAAACAAACAACAACAAAAAAAGCCGUAGUAUAUUCAAAAUUGCGCUGCAUUUUCAGCAUUUAUGGCAUCUGUGAUCAACCACAGAGAAAAGUCAAUUGUUUAUUUACUUGAAGUUCAUAUAGAGUUAAAUCAAUAUGAUGGUUAACUUUUGUUUGCGCCUAUAGUAAAAUGAACGAGUUGUUACUGUAUUGGAACGGUUUCCUUUAUUUCUAGAGCCUCCCUGCCACUAGGGGCAUAGUUCCAUUAUAUUGAGUCUUGCCUUCUAGAGGCAUAUAGUACUAUAUUUCCAGCUAC